AUGAAAACGACGCCCUCACUCGCGGCGUACAUGCACGCUUUCAAUCAAGACCGCUUCGAGCAAAAACAUUCUCUGCCUGUCCUCGGCCUCCCCAUCAAGUUCGUCCCCAGAUCAGGAAUGGACCGACUGAAAAAGGCAACGUACUCUCAGGAACAGACAAUCGGCAACGAAGCCGACGAUAGUUCGCGCAAUGCUCGCAAAACCACCGCCGCUGUAUGGGAAUACGUCAAACGCCCAAAGAAAAGGCAAAGUAAAUCAUGGGUAUUAACACGACACGACUGGACGAUGACCCCGGUGCGGCCAGACCAAACUCGGCGCCCCAAGGUAAGAAAUCGAAUCAGAGGGCCGUCGAAGUUCGGGUCUGCGCCAAACCCUGCGCGCGAGUCACCGUGGUCUCGCUUUGGUGAAGGCUCUCAUCUUUUGGGAGAUGCUCGCGGAGAUGCUCACGAAAAUUCUAAGGCUCGGGUAGGAUGA